AUGGAAAUAAUUGAUAAUUAUGAAGUUCCAAAAUUACCAUUUAAUCAAAGUCAAUUAAGAAAUUCUAUAAUUUCACCAAGGAAAUCACCAUCGAAAUGGUAUACCAAAUUAUUAAAAAGAGACAGUGAUUCAACAUUUAGUUUUUCAUGUCAAUUGAAAUGGAGAUUGGAUCAAGCACAAGAACAGAUUGAAGAAGAUCAUGAUAGAUACUCAUUGGUUACAGAUGAUUGUUUGGAUUACUCUGGAUCCGGUGGUAGUAGUACAGAGACAUCCGAUUCAGAACCAGAAAAACAGCCAAACUAUUCAAUAACCAGAAAUCAAUUUAAAGAAAAUUAUUUCUUGGGUGUUGAAAUUGGAUGUGGAGCAACAUGUACAGUUCAUUUAGUUACUAAAAAGAAAUCAGGUGAGAGAUUUGCCGCAAAAAUAAUACCAACAAAAAAAGUCUUUACCAAACACUUUAAGACAAUCUCAAAGGAGAUUACAAUUAUAAAAACACUUAACCAUCCAAAUAUAAUCAAACUAUAUGAAUGUUUUUUAACUUUAGACAAUGUAUAUAUUAUUAUGGAUUUUGUGGACGGAGAUGAAUUAUUUGAAGAAAUGUUAAAAAGAAGAAUUUUUAGUGAAAAUGCAGCUAGAGCAAUCGUUAAACAAAUAUUGGAACCAUUGAUCUAUUUACAUAAAAAGAAUAUUGCGCACAGAGAUAUCAAGCCAGAGAAUAUAAAGUUCAGUGGACCGUCAUCGAUGAAACUGUUGGAUUUCGGAUUUGCCAGAUAUCUGCAGGUGGAGGGAAACAAUAACAACGCUAAUCUGCCUUCUGGUACACUAGGCUAUGAGGCACCAGAGAUACUGAUGAAUGCGAAAAAUCAGACCACUGCCGUUGACAUGUGGGCGGUCGGCGUCAUCGUCUACACAAUGCUCUGCGGUUACACGCCUUUCACAUCGGACGAAAUGUUCCAUGAGGAAGAUCAGAUCAACAACACCCCAUUCUGGGUGAUGUUCAACGAGAACACUCCAAGGUUGCGACGUUCAAUCAUGGAGGCACAAUUCAACUUUGACAGCUACCACUGGAAGGACGUCUCCUCGGAUGCCAAAGAUUUCAUAAGUGGCCUGCUGACGGUUGACCCUAGCCAAAGACUCAAAGCAGAGGAUGCAAUCAACCAUCCUUGGUUAAAAACACCAUUGGAUAUUACAUCAAUUACACUUUCACUGCGACAAUUAUAA